CACAGAUACACAGCACCGCCAACCCUCUCUCCAGAUCUCAACGUCUCGGGAUCAUCACUUCAGGUACGGAGCCUCAAAGCCUCAUUAGAACAUCGAUAGGUUAUAGAUAUCUCAAUGUGUUACCUGACCUAUGGUUUGAAAUGGAUUCAUGUGUCAGUGUUUUGUCUGCAUACUGCUUUGGGGAGUUUUCAGCUUUGACUUCUACAUUAAAGGUAGCUCUAUUGGCGUGCCAGAGAAAUAGACAGUAACUUAAUGAGCAUGUAUAUAAAUAUAUGGACUGUUAAGCCCUCUGAGACUGUACCUGUGAUUAAGGGCUAUGCAAAUUCAAUUUAAAUUUAAAUGUAUGAGAGUUCACUGUAAUUCACUUUGGGUACGUUACUACUGUAUUGUACUCUACUCUAUACUACUUAUUAUGCUCUAUUCUUCCUCUACUGUACUAUAUUUGAUCUUAUUGUACUCUAUUCUCCUCUAAUACCUUACUCUACUGUUUGAUUGUUCUCCACUCCUCUCCCAUACUACUCUACUGUAUUCUAUUCAUCUGCUCGGUGUGUAAUGUGUGCUGGGUACCUGGGAGCCAGUUAGGAGCCAUGACCCUACAGAGACCUACCCUUCUGCUGCUGGCUGGCCUGCUGGUCCCUCUGAUCCUGGCAGCCCCCACAGGUACAAAGAAGGUCGGAGCUGAGGACGACAUGGGUGUGAGAGUCAAGCGCAACCUUCCCAACUGGGGAAUGAGCGCAUCCGACUUCUUUGGCUGGGUGGAGGAGCUCCGGAGAACCGGCGGCUACGAGAGGAUGGACGAGCUGGCCAAGACGUUCUGGGCUCACUUCCCGUCCGCCAACGGCCUCGGCUACGGAGCCCAUGAGCAAGACGAGUAGAAUAGGAGAGAGAGAGGGAGAGGGAUUCUUGGCUCUCAGGUUGUUGAAAAUACACUGUCUUAGAUUUGGUGGAUUAACUUCCAUAGGGACCCCAUGUAGGCCUAUUUCAUAUAUUAUAUAUAUAUAUAUCUAUUUUGCAUUGCAUAACAUUUCUAUUAUUAAACCUUGGAAAGCUCAAAUCUGAAUAGUUUGUUUAAACUGAACAGAAUUGUGUUUUUUUCUUACUGCAACAAAAACUCUGCUUUGUUAUUUCCAGCAAUGGGUGGUGGUUGAUUGGAAAACAGUUGGAUGGGGUUUAUUGAUUAUUCAGUUGUCUUCUACAUUUUGCAAAUGCUACAUGAGGUCUAUCGUAUCGUCGUAUUGUUGAUAGAAUCACCCAUUGUGGUGUUUGUCUCUAGACUAUUAUCUUGUCAAGCUGUGUCCUGACUGGCAACCCAGUAACAUGGACAAAUAAACAAACAAUGGCACCACAGGUGGGAUGGAAAAAAAAACAUUGUGACAAACAAGCAUGAAUCAAUCACUAAGCAUUCUUACAUCACACAAUCACAUUUACCUUUCUCACCAUUCCUUCUACUUUGAAGGAUAAAAGUGCUUCUGAAUAGGAUUUAACAGACUAUGUGUGUUCAAGGAGCCCCAUCCAGCUACAGUUUCCCUCCUCUGGAAGGUUGGAGGACAGCUAUGACCCCCUGCUGUAUCUUAGAAAAUGGCACGAUCUUGAGCGUUGAGUCCCCUAUCAGAGGCAGAGCUGAUAGCAACUCUACCCAUACCUAGGAAGACUUUGAAGGAAGGUUUCUCUCUGUGAGUGAGGACGCAUGUACAAGAAGAGGGUAAGAGUACCCGGGACUUGGCCUUCAUGUAAUAUUCAUAGUGCCGGCAAUUGGAACCAACCAUGCCAGAGGAGACGGUCCUAAAACUCAUCCUCAAAAAUAGCUUAUCCUAGCUUAUCCAGACUGUGGAUUUGCUGGCACGGUUGGGACAGCAGCUAGCAAAGGAUACACAAAAUCAAUUCUUUCGUUUUUAGUAUGAUCAACGGAAAAGCCGAACAAACAAGGGGCUCAAUGAAAACCCCCCAUCUUAUCCCCCUUGGCCAAACCCUUGGACCAACUAUACACAGGUUUAUUAUUGGAGGUGUAACGGUAGUCAUGCUUGAGCUACUGGUGUGACAGUAGCUGAAGGUAGAGGGGGUAGACUGGUUACCGGAAGGUUGCAAGUUCGAUCCCCGGCUCCUCCUAGCGAGUGUCGAGGUGUCCCUGAACAUGACACCUCACCCUGACUGCUCCCGACGAGCUGGCUGUCGCCCUGCGUGGUUUUCUCUGCCGUCAGUGUGUGAAUGUGCGAAUGAAUGGUUUGGAUAAAAGCUUUAGCAAAAUCCCCUGAAUUUAAAUGUAAAAAUGUUCCAAACUACAAUCCGCUUAAGCCCAUUAAUGAUGUUUCCUUGGUUUAACCAAUCAAAGGUAUCUUUGUCAUACUCAGCAUGGUCACAUUUUAUGUUGUAGGAAACGGUGGAGAUAAUGCUUCCUCCAACACUUUCAGGUAUGAUGUUGAAGGAUUUGGAGAGCUACCAAAUCCAGAAUAUUUGUAUUUCAGUUGUAAAGGUUCACCUAUUAUGAACAAAUUUGGUUGAUUUAGUUUAGAAUUAAAAACUGGAAUGCUUAUUUAAACCUGUAAUAACCGUUGUGCUAUCUGUGCCUUUGGUCCUGUUGAGAGCGGGUAUGCGGCAUUAUGGGCUGACUGAGAAUAAAGAAUUUACAAAUAAUUGCGGAGAAAACGUUACUUUACAGGCACAAAUAUUGACCUGUCAAGAUGGAGUAGCUCUUACUCUGUAGGCCAUCCUGCUCCUUCAACCACCCUGUUUGAACGAAGCCACAGUACAUUGGAUUCACAUGUAUAGUAUGUAACAUGUUAUCCAUCUAAAAUCUGAAGACUGAGUCUGUUCAGAUGCUGAUGCUGAUGGCUGUGAUGUCUUUAAUUGAAAGCAUGCAAUAUUCGAUAUUCUUCUGGUGAAGGACAAUAAUGUACGGUCAAAUUUAUGCUAAAAUAGCUUUUUCAAUGCUAUGGAUGUAGGUGGGUCCCCAAGAAAAGAAAAAUUGAAAUAUGAAAAUACAGAAAAAAAGAACGAAGUCCCUGUGCACAGCCUUUUGAUUCUCAGGUGCUGGUGAUGUGCAGUCACCAAUAGUAUAUCAAGGUAAAGAAGUGUAAAAUCACCGCACACUGGUAUAUGCUGAUAAGCUGUUUAUUUUGAGAACGACGCGUUUCGCUGUUGCUUCGUUAGGUUCACUCUUCAAAUUCACAUGACACCGACAGGUGAUUUACAGGGUCACAUGACCUCACCAAUUAGUGCAAUACAACACCAAAUCAAAACUCCAAGCUCAAAUACAAUACAGUCCAAGGCAUCACAAAAAAGAAUGUUCACAUAAGAUGCAUCCAAGGUUCACAUAUCAAUAACAAUGUCCAAAUUAAAGCACAUAUACGAUUAAGCUGUCACAAGGAUAGGCUACACUAAAUAUCAGGCUCACAUAUCAUAAAUGGCAAUGUGAAAAUGUAGAUGCUAAAACACCAGAAGAUUUAAACUUUCACAAAAAUACACUUAAAUCCUGUAAUUCAUUGAGGCCAUUGGGUUCCAAUUUGUGUAAUUCAUUUAUCCAGUAGGCCUCUCUCCUUAAAAGUUGUUCAAUCAAGUUGCCCCCUCUUGGGCUGGGUAGCACUCGCUUUAUGCCAAUGAAUUUUAGGGAGGUGGCUGGUCCAUGGUUCUUUUCUUUAUAAUGUCUGGCAAUGGCGUAAUCCAUAUUGCCAUUUUUUAUUGCCCCUUUAUGUUCUGCCAUUCUCAGGUUUAAAUUAUGUUUAGAUUCACCGAUGUAUUCAACCCACAUGUGCAUUUAAGCAUGCAUACCACGUGUGUCUAGACAAUUACUGAAUUAUUUUAUGUGAUAUUUCUUGCCUGAGUGUGGGUGACUAAAUGUUUUUGUGUUAAAUGUAUGUGAACAAUGUGCACAUUUCCCACAUCUAUAAUUUCCAUACACUUGUUGAGCAAGCCAUUAAGUCUUUGGGGUUUCAAUGUAUGUAGAGCUCACCACCAUAUCCCUAAUAUUCUUUCCUCUUUUAAAACAUAAGCAAGGUUUCAGUGCCGAUAAAUGAUUUGGACUGGGGUCACAUUAUAAAAGUUUCCAAUGCUUAUUAACAAUUUGUUUGACCUGCUUUGUGAAGUAUGUGAAGUAUUCAGAUACAAAAGUCACGCUACUAUCUGACUGUUUAGGUUUAGGGAUUAGUAGUAAUUUUCUGUCUCUUUUGUAAGCCUUUUCAACUGCUUGGUCAAUAAGUGUUUCAUCAUACCCUCUUCGUCUAAAAUGUUGAGACAUUUCAUGUACUUUAAUUUCAUGAUCUUUUUCACUGCUACAUAUCCUUUUUGUCUGAGAAUCUGACCAUAAGGAAUGUUCUUAAUUGUAUGAUCUGGAUGGAAACUAGACACAUGUAUAAUUGUGUUUCUAUCAGUUGUUUUUCUGUAAAUGGAUGUUUCCAAUUUCUUUUCGACAUUCACAGUUAUCAGUUAGUCCAAAAAAAAUAUUUUUUCACAAUUGUAUUCCAUGGUGAAAUUUAACUAGGGAUAUGUUCCAUUCAAACCCCACAAAUACUAGAAAAAUAUCAUCAAUAAAUCUUUUAAAAAACAGAAUGUUAUCAGCAAAUUGAUUGUUAUUAAAAAUGUGUCUAUCUUCCACAGUCCGAUGAACAAAUUAGGAUAAUUUGGAAAAGGGGAUCCCAUGUUUUCAUCCUUGAGUUUGUAAAUAAUAAUUGUCAAACAUAGUAGUAGUUCAAUUUUAAAGUAAACUUUGUUAUUUUCAUUAGCAAUUCCACUUGAAGAGUGUCAUUCUUGGGUGUUAUAUAGAAGUCCAUGGCUUCUAGUCCAUCCUCAUGGGGAAUGUUGGUGUAUAAGCUCUCCACAUCAAAUGUUACCAAAAAAUACCUUUCUGGUACGCAAAUAUCACACAAUAAUUUCAAGACAUCUCCAGUGUCAGAAACAUAAGUUGGAAGUGAUGUUGUUCUGUCAAAGAGUCUUUGCUCGCCACAAUGGGUCUGAUUUUGCAACCUUUUAUGUAUUUUUGGUAACAAAAAAGACAGGUGUAACAGGAUUUUCAAUUAUCAGGAAUUCAAAUUGAUUCUUAGUUAGCCACUUGUUUUCCAAUGCAUUUGUAACACUGCUGAAAUUGGACGACAGCAUCUGUCAAUCAAAUCCCCUGAGCCAAUUGGAUGCAGUCAGCAGCCAACAGGCAUAUACCCCCUUUCCCCAGGUGAACUGAAAAUCACCUAAUCAAGGAGUUAUGCUGCUAUCCAUUUUGAUGGUAGGCUGGUACGAACGACCAGCUUCAGCGAGAACGUGACGUAUUUCCCUUGCUCCAGCCUUCCAGUUUGCUAUUUGUGUCCGACGAGUUUAAGAAAACUAUUUUAGAGAAAAGAAAUAAUCCAGUGUAUAAUGGUGGCCAGCCUUUACAGAAACAUUAACAUUGCAAGCCUUUUACAUUGCAAUAAUAUUUUGCCAUUUUUGCCAAUUUUUAUUUCAACAAGUGCUGUCGUGUUUCUGUCGAGCCACGAGGGGUAGUAGCGGGCUAGUCAUCAUUAGCAACAUAGCCUCUUUGGCAAACCAGCUUGAAAACACAACUUUACAUUGAAUUUCACGCAAAGCAAGACCAUAAAUUGGUGACCGGAUUAAAGCAGCAAUGAAAUCAAAUGUGUAAGAGGAUUUAAAAUCGACAUUACAACCCCCAACGUGGUACAAAUACAAAGAAAAUACAGCUCAAUCCCCAUUGACUAUGGGCGCAGCCAUCUUGUUUGCUAGUUGUACAGAUCUGCUCGCUCUACUUUGAAAGCGACGAGAUACUACGACCGAAAGGGGGCGUGCCUCAGUGAAAUGCUGCAAGAAAGCUGGGAGAUUGGCGACUUUACCACUUCGUACAUCCAAAUGGAUAGCAGCAUUAGUCAAAAGACAGCAGGACAGUCAUUUAAAAAAAAAAAAAAAAACAUUCAAGGAGAACUUUUGAAGGAGGAACUUCUGUUUUCAACCCUGGACACAAAACCAAACCUACCUUUCCUGAGACUUCAAGCCCCCGGGGAUCUGAUGUGCUGCUGCUGAGGAGGAAGGUUUCAAAAUUGAAUACUGGUCAGGCCCUAUUGCCGGAGCAGUGACGAUGGCGAGUUAAAGGAGCAACUUGAAAACACUCAAAACAAUUCCCUCUAAAGGCAGGCCUCAAGUCUGGCUGUCUGGUGUGGUAGGAUUUCCCCUACCUACGCACAACAUACUGCACACACACCCAAUCAAAUAACUGUGGUACAUGAUGUGUUGUGUUGGGUGCAUUGAUUUGUUUUGUUAAUUGAUUUAUUUUGUUGCAUGGAGGGUAAAAGUUCCCUUAAGACUAACUGUGAAUAACCUUAAGAAUUGUGCGAAAACCUUAAGCAUCUGUUAAUUGAAGGCCUAUUUUCUUUUAUUUAAUUGCGGAAUUUUCUUUGAUUAAGUUCAAGUGUUUUUUGUUAUUGGCUAAAGGGAACUUUGAAAUACAAAACUGGUUACCAACAUUCUGUGUCGUGUGUUUCAUUAAUUCUCCACCAGCUCCAAGAGUCUAACCUAUAUUUGCCCGGUACACAUUCAUUUGUUACAUUUUGGUUUUUUGAUAAAUUAUUGACAAAUAUAUAUUAUAUUUAAAGUACAUUUUGUAUCCUGAGUGUUACACAUGGUUUAACAGGUUAUCCCUCUCUCUCAUUUACCUAUCCACCAGAUUGUGCUGCAGCUGCUCGUAAAAGUUUGACUACUCAGUUGUCUCAUAGCUUCAGUCACAUAAUCCUUUGUGUUUUGUUGAUUUAAUAAUGAUGUUGAUUUUCUCUUUUAAUUCAAUUUGGGCUUUUCUUUCUAGCUCACUAAUGUUACAAUUAUUCUUUCUAUUUGCAAAAACGUAAUUGUUUUGUGGGGUCGUCAAAGGGUAAUCAGAAAUGUUAAUCCCCGUAUCUGGGUCCAAUACAGGCUCUGCAUUAUGCGGUUUGGG